GUGGCCGCGCCACUAGUGUCAGCCUCCCUCCGGGGACUCCAUUUGCUCUCAGUGCGAUUACAGUGCAGUGUGGGCAGGCGGGCAGAGGGUUAUGCCCUGCGCCGGCGGACUCGCGUCCCCUGCGCCAAGCGGCCACUCGAUCGCCGGCUGGCUGCGGAGGUGACACCCUGGUCGUCAGUGACCACGGCGGAAUCUGGGCUUCCUCCGCGGGAGGAAAGACGUCCCGUGCUCCGGAGCUCGCUCGGCGGGGAGAGGCCCUCGCUAACAAGGCUUCUCUCUGACCUCUUAAUUUCAGGAGGUUUCAGAGGCUUCGAAUUACAGCCCCUACAGGAACUACAGUUGGCUCAUUGAGGAUCGUCUUUCACCAGGAUUAUUUUAACGUCAUCUUCACCGAGCCUUCUACCCCAUACCCUCUACGUUGGCUCCUGAUUUCCACCAGUGAAGUUUGUUGAUGCUUUCUUGAAUCAUGUAACAUCACGACUCUUGCACCUUCCUCUUUUCCAGUUACCAAAGCCAUUAGAAAUAAGUUUGCAUUGUGUUAUAAUACAGUUUCCUGCUUGUCCACUUUCACCUUAUUUGCACUGCUCACUUCUGUCCAGCUUGCCUUACCUUGCUUGCCUAUGAUUUCCUUAAGCACUCACCUGCCUAAUCUAUAGCAACCCUGGCCCAGAAGAGAGAGUAUUCCAUUCGCUCCAUUGCCUGACAAAGACAGCAUAGUCAGGGGGUGAGUUUUCUCUUUAGAGUUUCCUGUCUGUCGUUGGCAAGUCUCCUGACUUAAAAUAUUGCUUAGCACAUUUCCUAAAAUAUUCCCAUCUGAGUCUUAGUGGCUUUAGCAAAGAACCUUACUUGAAGUGAUGGCAAGAAUUGAGUAUGCCAGUGCACUGUUGUAGAGACCUUGGUUCAACUUCUAAUCUCGGGUUUGACUGCAGUUCAUGGAAAGACCUUAAACUAAGUGAGGAGGAAGAAAGAAGAUAGGGUUCAUUGGAGCUGGUAUAAAGUUGUAGGAACUUAAAAUAGUUUUAAACAGCAAGUGACUGAUGCACACAUCUGGGAGUUAGCCAUCAUACUGUCUAUCUGGAUCCUGGGGACAAAGGAGGGAUUUUAAGACUCCAUUUUCUAGUCUCUUUGUAUUAAAAUCUAAGUUUUCAUUCUCUUGUGCUAGUAAUUGCCUAAGAUAUUAGACACUUAAAAUGUUGGGGAAACGCAAGCGUGUGGUUUUGACAAUUAAAGAUAAGCUUGACAUUAUUAAGAAACUUGAUGAAGGCAUCUCUUUCAAAAAACUUUCUGUGGUGUAUGGAAUUGGUGAAUCCACAGUUCGUGACAUUAAAAAGAACAAAGAAAGGAUUAUAAACUAUGCCAACAGUUCAGAUCCUACAAGUGGGGUAUCCAAACGUAAAUCGAUGAAGUCAUCCACCUAUGAGGAGCUUGAUAGAGUUAUGAUAGAGUGGUUUAACCAACAGAAAACUGAUGGUAUUCCCGUGUCUGGGACUAUUUGUGCAAAACAAGCCAAGUUCUUUUUCGACGCCUUGGGGAUGGAAGGUGAUUUUAACGCAUCAUCUGGCUGGCUAACUCGAUUUAAGCAGCGCCAUGGAAUUCCAAAGGCUGCUGGUAAAGGGACAAAAUUAAAAGGAGAUGAAACUGCUGCCAGUGCAUUUUGUGGUCACUUUCAGGAAUUUGUUGAGAGAGAGAAUCUACAACCAGAGCAAAUUUAUGGUGCUGAUCAAACUGGGUUGUUCUGGAAGUGUCUACCAUCAAGGACAUUAGCUCUUGAAAGUGAGCAAAGUACUUCUGGGUAUAGGUCAAGCAGAGAGAGAAUCAUUAUUAUGUGUUGUACCAAUGCCACAGGUUUACACAAACUUAAUCUUUGUGUUGUGGGGAAAGCAAAAAAACCCCGUGCGUUCAAAGGAACUGACCUUUCACACCUUCCUGUUACUUAUUUCAGUCAAAAAGGUGCAUGGAUAGAACAAUCUGUUUUCAGACAGUGGUUUGAAAAAUACUUUGUGCCGCAGGUACAGAAGCAUCUGAAAUCCAAGGGACUUCUAGAAAAAGCAGUGCUGCUUUUAGAUUUCCCCCCAGCACAUCCGAAUGAAGAAAUGCUGAGUUCAGAGGAUGGCAGAAUAAUUGUGAAAUAUUUGCCACCAAAUGUCACAAGCCUAAUUCAACCUAUGAGCCAGGGAGUUCUAGCCACUGUUAAAAGGUACUACCGAGCAGGACUUCUCCAGAAAUACAUGGAUGAAGGAAUUGACCCCAAAAUGUUCUGGAAGAACUUAACAGUGUUGGAUGCGAUUUAUGAAGUAUCAAGGGCUUGGAACAUGGUAAAAUCAAGCACCAUAACCAAAGCAUGGAAAAAGCUUUUCCCCAGCAAUGAAGAAAAUUCAGGCAUGAACAUUGAUGAAGGAGCCAUCUUAGCAGCUAACUUAGCAACGGUUUUACAGAACACAGAAGACUGUGAACAUGUUGACAUUGAGAAUAUUGAUCCGUGGCUUGAUUCUCGGAGUAAUGACUCAAGCUGUCAGGUGCUAACUGACAGUGAAGGUGCCGAGGGCCAGGCCAAGGCUGCUGAGCACAAGCCGCCUACUAAGACUAGAAAAACAGAACUGAAUCCAGAGAAGCAUAUUAGCCAUAAAGCUGCACUUGAAUGGACUGAAAACUUACUAGAUUAUCUAGAACAACAAGAUGACAUGCUCCUGUCUGAUAAAUUGGUAUUACGCAGACUUCGGACCAUAAUAAGAAGAAAACAGAAGAUCCAAAAUAAUAAAGUCACUAGUAGUGCUCAUUAAGUGUUUCUGUGUAUUUGCAUCUUGUGACUGUUUACCUGCAAGGUUACUUAUUUGUUUGAAAUGCUGUCGAUUCCAAGGGCGAAUACAUUUUAUAAGUGGUUUUUGGGGUUAGAGGCCAUUUUGGAUUAUUCAGAGUACGUCUGUUUAAUGUUACUCUAGUAAUGACAUUGACAUGCAUUUUUCUAUCUACUGUUCCUAAUCUACAUUCUGCUUAUUAGAUCAUAAGGCACUGAGGCCAGGGAUCUUGGCCUGUUUUGUGCCUGCAUUUUGAUGUGUCUAAUAAAGGAUCAUGCACACUGUGGGCA